AUGGCCUCAAAUAAAAUUCAACCACCACCAAACGUUUACAUAUCGAACGACGUAACUGAUGAAGGGCUUAAUGAUUCGUUACCAAGUCCAUAUAUUCGAUCACCUAUUGAUGGUUCUUUUCAAUCAUAUAAUCUUCCUGAAAGUUCCUACGUAAAGCCUCAUAAGAAUUUGACAUUUUCAUAUGUACCUUAUUUUAAUACUUUACAACAUGGCACUCUUGGAAGAAGUGAUAGUUUUCUUAUGGGUACACUUCAUUUAAAUUACGAGAAAUACCAACAAGUAAAAAGUAUUGAUUUAAAUUUUAAAGGGUAUGAAAGAACUUCUUGGACUAAAACUCAAGGGAGAACAAAAUUUGUCUAUUCUGGUGAACAUAUUAUCACGGAUAGACAUUAUAGAAUUUGGUCAUCACCUACUAAAGAUGAAACAGAAAUUCUUAAUCUUGAUGUUCCAUUUAGAGUUAAGCUUCCUUAUGAUCUUCCAGAUACAUUGAAAACUCAUCUUGGAGAAGUUUACUAUGUUCUUCGUGCAACUAUUAAUCUCAAAGGAAUUUUGAUCACAUCAACAGCUCAUACAGUAGAAAUCCAUUGUCCUUUGAAACGAACUCUGUUGUUAGACAGUGAUAAUAGUAAACUUUAUAAAUUCCAUGGAGAAUCAGAGAGUAUCACUUAUGCUUUUGUUUUGCCCCCAGCAAAGUAUGUAAAUAUUGGAGUUUAUAUAUCUAUUCCAAUGCGAAUUCGAUUCUUGAGACCUGGAAUUAGUAUUGAAAGAAUAGAACUUGCUAUUAAGACAAAUAUGAGAUUUCUAUGUAGUACUAAUAAUACAUGUAGAGUUUCUAAGAGAUCAGGAGAAGCAAUUAUAUCGCGUCAAGAACUUCAAUAUUUAAAACCUAUUCCCAAUAAUGUUAAAGGGGAUUGUAUUAAAACAAUCAAUUUUUGGAUUCCUCGUGAAACUUUACCAACAUAUUAUGGUCGUUAUAUUACAAUUUCACACGUACUUUGUAUUAAAAUUAUUUUAUUAGGUAUUGAAAGAACAGUUCAUAUUGAAGAAACGUUUUCACUUUACCUUACAACAUGUGGUGAUAGAAUUAAAUACCUUGUACAAAACUCGAUUGAUUCUGAUUCGAUUAGUUUUGAAGAUCGAGAUAUUGAAGCAGCAGCAGCAAUUGUUACUCAACUUUAUCAAUCUCAUAUUAAUAAACGGACACAAUCUUUAUCGGAUGAAAUAUCAUCACCUUAUCUUUAUGAUGG